AUGGCCGACCGGGGCUUCGGGGUCGUCAUGGAGCUGGCGCAGGGGUUCAUGGCCUCGCAGGUUCUGUUCGCGGCCCUGGAGUUGGGCGUCUUCGACGCCGCUGCCCGGGGUCCGACCGACGCCGACGCCGUCGCCCGCGAGUCGGGUCUGAGCCCCCGGGGGACGCGGCUGCUGAUGGACGCGUGCGCGCGGCUCGGGCUGCUGAGGGCGGGGCCGGACGGCUCCUUCACCAACACCGCGCUGUCGUCCGCCUUCCUGGUGAGCGGCAGCCCCCUGUCUCAGCGCUGCACGCUGCUCUACCUCGCGGGCACCACCUACCGCUGCUGGGGGCACCUGGCCGACGGCGUCAGGGAGGGGCGGAGCCAGUACGCGAGGGCCGUGGGCGUGGCCGCCGAGGACGACCCGUUCGCCGCCAUCUACAGGACCGAGGCCGAGCGCUCGCUGUUCACGCGGGGCCUGCAGGAGACGUGGAGCCUGUGCGGGGGGCGUGUCCUCACGACCUUCGACCUCGCGGCCUUCGGGGUCAUCUGCGACGUGGGCGGCGGGGCCGGGGCGCUGGCGCAGGAGGCCGCCCGUCUCUACCCCGGCAGCGCCGUCUCCGUCUUCGACCUCCCGGACGUCGUCGCGGCCGCGCAGGAGGAGGGGGCGGGGCCGGGCGUCAGCUUCCUGGGAGGCGACUUCUUCCGGUCCCGCCUCCCCCGCGCCGACCUCUUCGUCCUCGCCCGCGUCCUGCACGACUGGGGCGACGCCGACUGCGUGCGGCUCCUGCGGCGUCUGCGACGGGCGCUGCGGCCAGGCGGGGCGGUGCUGCUGGUGGAGGCGGUGCUGACCCCGGGGGGGGCGGGGCCUCUGCGGACGCUGCUGCUGUCGCUGACGAUGCUGCUGCAGACGCGCGGCCGCGAGCGCACGGGGGCCGAGUACCGCGACAUGGCCGCCCGGGCCGGACUCGACCGGUUCCGCCUGCGGCGCCCGGGGGGGCCCUACGACGCCAUGAUGGUCCGCAGGUGA